CCCGAACGAAGCGACUUGGCGCGUCCACACGCGCGCUCCGUGUGUGUGCCACAAGCUCUUUCUCUCUCUCUCUCUCUCUCUCUCUUUCUCUCGCGCGCGCGCAAGUUCAAGCCGAUCCAUAACCGCCACCGCCAGCUGCAGCUGCCUGUCAGUGUUUCUCUCUUGCUCUUGCUCUCCACUUCCUCUCGCGCCCUACACCUGCUUUUGUUUACUACUGCCUCGCGCCCGCUCGCGAUCGAUCGAUCCGCCCAGCCAUUCGAGUUGUACUUUUUAGCAAUCCGCACGCGCGAGAGAGAGAGAGAGAGAGCUUGCAGCCCCGACUGUGACUGUGUGCUUUCUGGGUCAACGAGCUGAAAAACAAUUGGCGAUUGAUUUACCCCCGUGGGACGGAGUCGAACACCUGUCUGUGUCUCUUUUUCCUUUAUUUUUACUCUCGUUUGGAGCGGCGUGUAUCAUCGGCAACUAGAAGGCAUGCAAGCGCACCGCUCGUACGCGAAAGCUUCCUUCUCUGUUUCGCCAACAAAAACAAGCGACAACACUUAUUACGUUUUAGGUUCAUCUGUCUUGUCUCGACUCUCUCUCUCUCUCUCACUCUCUCUCUCUCUCUCUCUCUCUCCCGAAUUUGUCUUCGGUCGUUCAAACACCGGGUUCUUUAAAUAAAGUCCACGUCUUAUUCGAUCACACGCACAUCUGAAAAACUUUCCCAUCCGCGCAAAGAUUUUCCUUCAUCAUCCUCGUGUUGUUACUGAUUCACAGGUUCUAGUUGGCGACAACUAGCCAACACGAAAGAGUAGGAGAAAGAGCGAAAAAGAGAGGUAGAUAGUUGAAAUAUGUAAGAGCACCCAUAACAGGGACGAGCCGCUGCGUUGAUAUAUAUCGGAUGCCGACGAAGAAGAGGGCGUACGUCGCGGCCGAUGAUAAUCGAUAGAAGCUGUGGAGACGCGUGUGUGUCAGUGCUUUGGUGGACUGCCGCUCUGCUGCUUCUCUGUUGCUCUGCUGCACGUGGUACCUCAACUCUGUCGUGCGCUUAGCCGCCUAACCGAAAGCAAGAGGCAGGCAGAGAAGUGACGUUUGAAUAAAGCGACGGGAUAGCAAGUGAGACGAGCGGAAUGCGCGUCGUGACGCUGCGAGCGGUCUUCGCAGCCUUCGGCACGCAGACUCGACGACACUGCGGACUCGUUUGAGGAGAGGCUAUUAUGAAGCCGCGGCGCUCGAAAGGGAGCAGCAGCAUCCCCGUGACAAGGUGGUCGGAGGUUGCUCGGAGUUCGCGCUGCUGCUUGGGCUCAAGUUCCCGGUGGGCCGCGGGCGGAUGAGGCGCUAGCCCGUGGCCGGGAGGAGCCGAGGAGGCGGAGGCGGAGGAGGCGGCAGGAGACGAGGAAGAGGAGGCGGAGCAGGACGAAGAGGAGGAAGACAACUGCAGAGCGGGAGCUUAGCAUAGCGACGUGUUAGACGACGCUUGUGCGGGCUCCGCUUGCCUCGUCUCUCGAGGCGUCCGAUGCUCAAGGACACGAGCAAGACGAGGCACGAGGCCGCCGCCGCCGAGGGCGCCGUCGUCGGGCCGGGCGUUGCCGAGCCGGACCGCAACGGGAACAGCAGCACUAACCAGCAACAGCCCGCCGCUACCAGCUUAUUAUGCCCUUCCACACCGACAGUAGCAGCAGCAGCGAGUCAACAGCAGCAGCAAGCUUACGGCUUCGACAUGGUCGCGCCCGGGGCCGCCGUAUCCUACUUCCCGGGAGGUGCCGCGCUCCUGGCCGCGGCCGCCGCCGCCAAGGAGGCGACGCCGUUGACGGUGUCGGCGGUCGGUCAGCAGUCGCAGCAGCAGACUGGCUUGGGCGGCGCGACGAAGGAGGUGCGCCUGGUCACUCCCGGUGUGCCGCCGCCGACACCGACUCCGUUGCCGCCCCCGGGCGAUAUGCAGGGGCCGCUGCCUUUGGAGCUGCAGCAACGCGGCUUCUCGCAGUCGAUGAGUUCGCUGCCGCCCGAGCCGCUGAUGAUUAUGCGCUCGAAGGCGCUCAACCGCCGAGUAAUCCUGAACGUCGGCGGGGUCAAGCACGAGGUGCUGUGGCGCACCCUCGAGCGGAUGCCCCACACCCGGCUUGGCAAGCUGCGCUACUGCAACACCCACGAGGAGCUGGUCAAGCUUUGCGACGAUUACUCGCUCGUCGACAACGAGUACUUCUUCGACCGACACCCCAAGUCCUUCAGCUCGAUCCUCAACUACUACCGCACCGAGCGGCUACACAUCGUCGACGAGAUGUGCGUGCUCGCCUUCAGCGAUGACCUGGACUACUGGGGCAUCGACGAGCUCUACCUCGAGAGCUGCUGCCAGCACAAGUAUCACCAGCGUAAGGAGCACGUGCAAGAGGAGAUACGCAAGGAGGCCGAAUCCCUUAAGAAGAACGACGAGGAGGAGUUCGGCGACGGCAAGUGCGCCCAGUACCAAAAGUAUCUCUGGGAGCUGCUUGAAAAGCCCAACACCUCCAUCGCCGCCAGGGUGAUAGCUGUAAUAUCGAUAUUGUUUAUCGUGCUGUCGACGGUCGCGCUGACCCUGAACACCAUCCCGAGUAUGCAGGUGUUGGACAAGGAAAACAAUCCCAUAGACAAUCCACAGCUUGCGAUGGUCGAAGCGGUGUGCAUAACCUGGUUCACGCUCGAGUACGUGUUGCGCUUUAGCGCUUCGCCCGACAAGUGGAAGUUCUUCAAGGGCGGCCUGAACGUCAUCGACCUGCUGGCGAUAAUGCCGUACUACGUGUCGCUGUUCCUCGUGGAGACCAACAAGAACGCCACCGAUCAGUUCCAAGAUGUGCGUCGAGUCGUGCAGAUAUUCCGGAUAAUGCGUAUCCUGAGGAUACUGAAGCUAGCGAGGCACUCGACGGGUCUGCAGAGUUUGGGCUUCACGCUGCGUAACUCGUAUAAGGAGCUCGGCUUGCUGAUGCUGUUCCUCGCGAUGGGCGUCCUCAUAUUCUCGAGUCUGGCUUACUUCGCGGAGAAAGAGGAGCCCGGUACCAAAUUCAUAAGCAUUCCAGAGACUUUUUGGUGGGCUGGCAUUACCAUGACCACCGUUGGCUACGGCGACAUUUACCCUACCACCGCGUUGGGCAAGGUCAUUGGUAGUGUGUGUUGUAUUUGUGGUGUCCUGGUAAUCGCGUUACCCAUUCCCAUUAUCGUCAAUAAUUUCGCCGAGUUCUACAAGAACCAGAUGCGCCGAGAAAAGGCCCUCAAACGCAGGGAGGCGCUCGAGAGGGCCAAGCGCGAGGGCAGCAUUGUCUCCUUCCCCCCAGGUGCUAAUGCCAAUCUACGCGAGGCCUUCGUCAAGAGCAUGGACCUUAUCGACGUCAUCGUUGACACGGCUCGAAUCGCGAACGGAAUUGCCGAUCGAGGUAAACAACCGUUUAUGCUGCUGCCGAAUAAUAUUGCUGCACACACGACUUUGAAAGAGCAUCGCUGUUGUCACAAUAUGUCGGGGGCUGAUGGCAACAGCACCGAGGGUGAGUCGGCGACCACGCAAACAGGUGCCGGCUGUUACAAGAACUACGAGCACUUUGGCCCGUCGAAGCAUCGACGCAGUAAUUCGUCCUGCUAUCCGAAUCUGCAGAACGACUUAUCUAACACCCCCGACAGCCCAAAUCGACGACUCCUCGAUUUCGCCCAAAACAUAUCCAACAAUCAGGCGGACCAUUAUUAUCACGAUCAGUUGCCUACUCAGCAACUUAAUCAGGCUAUUGCCUCAUCAAGGGAAGAGGACAAAAAAGAUAAAAGGAAAAUCAAGCAAGAAUCAGACAAAGUCGUGAAAGACGAAUUUCCUAACGAAUUCGAGUGUUGCUUUUGUACUACAAAGGAGUACAAAGACCACCGCGAUGCCGAGGACAUUAUGCCACUGCCUACGAGUGAUAUCAAGAGCACUGUAUGUGCCGAGUUGAAGUCGAUGCGCGAAAGUAACUUCGACCAGGCAGCCUUCUACAACGAAUUGCAACUCCAUCAGUUCCAGCAGUUUCAGCAGCAGCUUCAUCAGAUGCAUCAACAGCAUCAGCAGCAUCAGCAAAACCAGGCACUUGCUUUUGCUUCGCUUCAGCAACAACAACAGCAGCACUUCACGGCCAUGGAUUCCUCCACGACCCUCAACAAGAAUUAUAAUGAGAGAGGCAGCGUCGACAGCUCUGAUACCUACGCCAGCUGUCAAACGCAUCCCUUCUAUUCCGAGAGCGACUUGACGGAGGAAGCGGAUAGUAACCUAUACGUGAAUCCGCUGGAAGGCCGAGCUAGCGUGACAAAGUCGGCGUCGGGGGAGAUAGUACACGUCGCGCUGAACGUAUCGCCAAGCGCCGAGUCUCUCAAGGAAAUUAACGCGCCCGCUAAAGCCAGCAGUAAAGCGAACGUGAAUGAGCCGAUACCGAAGCACCGGAAAUCUCGCAUUCAACAGACGACGCAACGGCAACGCGCUCAGUUCGUAACGAGUGGCACGGACUCGAGCGGCUCAUCGACGAUUCGAGAGGACCUCGGCGACAGCAAAGAGGACAACAACAAUCAGCAGCAGCAGCAGCAGCAGCAGCAGCGACAACAACAGUACAGCGGUAUCGGCAGCAGUGGCGGAGGCGGAGGUGGCAUAGGUCUGCGGGGCGGACGCGCCUCUCAAUUCGCCCCUGUCAACAGCCUUGCCUCGGCCACGCGUGCGAUAAAUCACCAUCUCUUCGGGACAAUCGCUAGUUCAAAACACAACACCGGAAGGUCAGCCGCAAGUAAGCUAUCGCUAUCAGCGGAUUCAAUAGACAGCGAAGCAACACCUUUCAUUGAAAGACAGCGCAUUUCAAAAUCAAUAUUAAAGAAGUCCGAAAGCAGCAAUAACUAUUACAGCAAUACAACGGGCGAUUCGGACACCGAGAAGCUUAUUGAUAAUGCGCCGUAUGGGACGACAAUGUGUGAUAACGAAGUUGGUCUCGCACUCAUGAGCGACGCAUUCCAAAAUGUCUACGAGGAAAAACAAACACGCGACGAGACGACCCAAGAGAACAAGAACAAACGAGCGUUCGACGAACUGCGUGCAUUGAAGCUGAAGCCUCGCUUUAAGGAGCCGCCGGAGGUAUUGCCCGCGCGCGAGAGCCAGUCAAUAUUAUUGAGCUCGCUCAGGCCUCAGCGGCCCUCCAAAAAGCUUAGCGUGCAAAUUGAUAAGAAGAAUGUGCAGUCGACUGCCGUUGGCAAGUCCAGCCCCAGUCUUCCCCAGGAUUAUCGCUCGUCCUCGUAGUAAAUUCAUUGGCAUAGAGAAACGUUUGUUAAUGCUCCGGUAGUGCCUGAUUUCGAAAGGAGGACCGAGUGCGCUUUGACUUCUUCCUUCUCUACGUUUUCUAAAUAUACCUUUUAUUUUUAUAUUUUAUCAAGAUUGCUACGGCAUAGAUGCGAGUGCGAUGGUAAAUAGAAUUAUUUGUUACAAAAAUUACACACGCACGCACCACUCGUGUCGCUAUGAAAAGCUGCUGUAGACGAUUUUCAUUUAUUCUGAGCUUCUUUAUUUAUUUUUGUGAAUAACUUUGUCGUAUGUCAACUUUGAAAGAAUUAAUUUGUAUACUGUUAACAGAUAUUAGUAAUAAUCAACAUAAUAAAAAGAAUUCUUUGAAAUGGUACACCAUCUGACUAGUUCGAGAAAGUAGAUUCUUGUCUCGUGUGAGGUUUACACCCGAACAAAGCGAGGCUGAAAAAGCACACGAGACAAAAAUCUCUUUCUUGAUCAUGGAAAGCUCGAAUUUGAAUAUAGGCGUAUUGAAAAAUCAUCAAAAAAUAACGCUUUUGUAGUUAUUACACCAGAUGAAAAAACGAAAACAUAUGCGGUGCUUCGUUCUUUUUAUCAUCGUUCUCAGUGUGCUGUAAGAGUAUAAUCAAGUCAUUAUCGAAUGUUUUUCUAAGAUUUACUUUGUAUAUUCGUAAUUGCGUAAAAUUAGUGCGUUCUUGUUACUUACAUAUAAGUCGAUUUUAAAACGCUGAGCUUUUAGAUAAUAUAAAAACGUUCGAUUUAAAGUUAAACAAUAGAUCGUUGUACAUAAACAUUUUUUCAGAUGCGAACUUGUUUUUAUCAUAAAAACUGACAGUUGUAAAUACCAUAAAAAUACGUAUAUUUUUUAUUCGUUUACAAACAUUUAUUUUAUGGAAUAUGGAUACAGUGGAAAAUAAUUUAAUUUUAAUGAGUUAUCAAUAAGACGAUGGUUUCACCUCGGUUAUAAGCGUAGUCCUCCUUCAGAGCCUCAACUUAAUAACAAAUAUACUUCCAAUGUUGAAGGAGUGUAGACUCAGAAAAGUGUACGUGCGAUGUGUAUUAUAAAAAUAUCAAAAUAGCAUGAGAGAAUAAUGUACAAAGUGUUUUCGAGAUAUGCGAAAAUAGGAAAGAAAUAUGAUAUAUAUGUAUAUAUAUGUGUAUAUGUGUAUAUGUAUAUAUAUAUAUAUAUAUAUAUAUAUAUACAGAUACAUGGAGAUGAGUUGAUCUAAAAUAAAAUAAUUUGAUGAAGCCAACGAUCUUGAUACCAAAGAAAUAGUCAAACGAAAAAAUAUCUUGAAAUAAAUGUCUCCUUUUAGAGAUUUUAUCGUAGCAUAUCCUAAAAUGCAUACCAAAUCUAGUUUGCAAUAUUUAAAAAACUGCAUAGCAUUAGACGAAAAUGAAAUCCUUAGGUUAUAUCACCUGUAAAAUACAUGUUAUAGAGAUUCGACUGUGUUAUAAAUAAGUUUACUGUAGAAUUAAACUUUAUUUUAACAGGAAAUAAGAUAAGGUAAUGAGUCAGUUUUCAAAGUAAUUAAUAUCAUAUAAAUUUCAAUCAGGCUUCUUAGUAUAGUUACUAAAUUUAUCUGGAGUGGAAGGAAAAAACUUUGCUAUAAUUACGAAAUUUAUAUAAAAACAGUCGAUAAUUGUAUUGUUAUUUGAGUAUGUUCACUAUCUUUUAAUAUCAGGAAAUAAUUACUUGCUCAGUUAUCAGAAAAAUUAAAGAUAUACGGUAAAAAAUAUAAAUUAAUUAAAAUAAAUUCGUCACAUAGGGCACAUGGAUAUUCGCAAACUGGUUUAAUAGGAUUUAAUAUUUCCAAUACAAUGAAUAAUGUAGUAGUAAUACCAGGCAAAAAGUUAAAUUUAAUACUAUCAAUACAAUUAUCGGGCGGUUCGUGUGAGAUUUCUACGGAGAUCAGCAAGCAGUUUGAAAACAUCAUAUCAAAUGCUUAAUGGAUUUGUCUUUACAUUAUUAAAAUAUUAAUACUAAACAAAAUUGGUCAGUCAUUUGGCUUGUCGGAUGGGUUUCAGUUGUAGAUAGAAAAACAACAACUUUAUUUGUGUAAGAAAGUAUUUGAGUUAAAUUCAAUUGAAUUAAGAACUAUCGUAUAAAUUACGGUAUCAAAAGCUGCCCUCAAACUAUUAAAUGCUUUAUACGACAUUCACAAAAUAUCCAACGAUAUGUCUUAAAGAUCGCAUAAAUAUUUUGUAUAUCUUGAAUGUAACUGAUAUGCUAGUUAGUAUAAUAGCAUAUUUGAACAAAGAGGUUUUCUAGGUGAAUGAUAAAUGCACUGUUUUAUAGAUACGAUUGUUACCUUGAUGCACUUUGUUAUGUAGACGAAAAUAGAAAUAUUUAAACACAAAAAUUUAUUUACGUAAAAUAUUAGGUUUACAAAAGAAUUAUUUUGAAAUAUAGUUACAAUAAAUAAUGAAAAUAAUAUGUUUGUUCUUAUAUGUAUGACAUUUUAUUAAAUUCUUCACAUGUUUUGUUAAACAGUUUAAGAGUGACUCGUGAAAAACAUCUUUUAACCGAUUAAUCACUUUCAAAGAUAAUAAAUAAAAGAACCAAUAUGCUUCAACUUCACUGUUUUAACGACAAAAGCUACGAUAUUACCUGAAAGUGAGGUUGAUAGGAGAUCAAAACAAUAAAAGUUUGAUCCAGUAAUUGCUUAAAAUGCAUAAAACUCGAUAAUUUAUUUUAAAUGAAAUUAGUUGAAAGAUUAGAAGUAAUUAAUUUUAGUUUAAAAAAUAUAAAAUUUCAAUAAUCAAGUUUAUUACCAAAUAUAAAGAAAUUUGUUGUGUUUGAAAUGACUUCAUAUUCUUCGGAACCGUUAAAAACAUUAAAAUCAUAAAAAUAUGAGAAAAAGCAUUUAUUUAGCAAUUAGCAGCGUUUACGAAAUGUAAUUACGUCAAAAACAGAUAAGUAAAAUCUUAUAGUAGAUCAGUUCAAAUAUGUUGCAAGAAAAUGUAAUUAUGGUAUGUGGGUAAAUAUAAAUGUAUAACGUUUCAAAAAUUUAAACACGCGCGUACACUAAUAUUUUAUAGUUUAUUAUGACCGUUGAACAAAAAAUAUUCAAUAGUAUUUGAAUAUUGAAAUAAACUUCAACUCUUUAAAUAAAUACUAUUUAUUAAUUUUGCAUAGACAUAGUAAAAAAUACUAUUUAUUUUGAGCAACUACUGGAUUUUGAAACGCGGAGUUUUGUUUUGAAGCCUAGUUUGUGGCUGUUCGCAUGGCUGUGUUACUGACACGACUAUAUAGACAUAUUAAUGAUAAAUACCAGAUACAAAUAAUUUAUACGUAUUUAAAAACAAUUAAUUACAUGAUUGCGUGGAUAGAAUAUUUAAAGUGUACGAAACAAAAAACUAGUGGAAAAGAAUAAGUGUAAAUGAGAUUACGUUUGAUGUUCUAUCUUUGCGAAAUUCAUCAAUUUAGUCAAAAUGAAAGUAAGGCGGUUUAAGCACAAGCGCCUAAUUUGAUAUAAAAUAUAAGUCUAUUUGCAAUUUGAUUUCGUACCUCGUGAAUGUGUGCCAUGUACUUUCACGGUCGGAUAAACAGAAAAGUAUAAAAUGCGAAAAAGUAUUUGUUAUGUGCAAUGACGAAAUUAUUAUAUAAUAUAUAAUUAUUGUGCAUUGCAGAUAAGCGAUACGUGAAAGAUUUACUAUCGCUUAUCACUUGCCUAAAUAAUAAAAAAAUGACUUACAUAAAUUUACGACUACAUUUUGUUUACAAAAGAAUCCAAUCAAAAAAGUUCGAAAGGUUGAAAAAGGAAUGCAAGUUAGAAAAUUGUUGUUGCAUUUCGAUAUGAAAAUAUGUAGAUAUUCCAUAUUUGCAUGAAUUUCUACGUGAUUUCAUUCAGCAUCUAGAUCGUUAAAAUCUUUAUAGUAAAAUACUUAUUUAAAUGAUAAGAUUUAUUGAAGUCAACUUUGGCGUUAUUUAAAUAUGUGAAAUAAAUAUAACGGAAAUAUAUAAAAUGAAUUUUAUAUGUGAAGAUUAUUUUUGUUGCUGUGGGUCUAAAGACUCAUAAAUUUUGUCAUAAAACUUAGAAUGAAAUUUUCUAAUUUGCAUAAAUUCUUCGCUACCAUUCUCACUAAUUACACAGCUGCGUAAGAAAAAUAGUUAUGAUCUCUUUGAGGUAAAUAUUUGUUUUACAGUUUCUCAAGAAGAUUUAACUUGAUGAAUUUCUAUUGGCAUCAAAUUGAUGUAUAAACUAUGUGAAGGCAAGGUGGCUUAACGAAAAGAUUCAUGAAAUUUUUUAUGUAACUGCGUCGUUUAUGGUAAUAUGUAAUUGAAACUGAUAGUUUUAAUUACGAUCCUAAUGAACUCAUUGAAAUUAAUACCCUGUGAUUGUUUGUUCGCUGAUGAAUAUUUUUGAAGUAGGAACACGUUAUAUUUGCAAGUAAAUAUUUGGUAUUUAUGGUUAUCAACGUGAUAAUUAUUUUUAUAAAAGGCUGUUAAAUUCAUGCAAUUGUGAUUUGUAUAUGAUAAUAUACCAAAAUAGUAUACAUUACUUGAGGUAUUUUUAUAAUACAGUAAUUUUUGGGUAUUACUAAGACCGAACCCUGAUAGGAUUCCUGUUUAUUAUUUAUUUUUAUUUUUGUCAAUUUCGUAGAUAUGUGUACAAAUAUUUUAUACAUUAUUAUACUUUCAAAUAUAUUAAAAAAUGCUUGUCUUAAUAUAAUUGUAACGUAAAAAAAAUCAUAAUAGAGAUGCAAGCAGCCUUUUUCAAAAAUAAUAUUUAUACAAAUGUAAAUGUAGAUAAAAGGGAUGCACGCGAUACAAGAUACGUCGAUGUUAGCUAAAUAUCUGCAUAAUCAUAAUUGUUGAAAUUUGCAUUUCAAUUUUCUUUUUGAUUAUUGCAUAUAAUCACACGAUGCUCGUUCUUAACAGUACUGCGGACGUGAUUCGUUAACGUCAUGUUGCAAUAUAGAAUAAGAUAUUGUUAAUAAUUUUCAUAAACACGCUUUAAAUCGCGGAGGCAAAUACACACACACACAUCCAUAUAUAUUUAAAUAAUCAAGAAUAGAAAAUCAGAUAUAGUGAUAUUUGAUCCCGACACUCGCAUAGCAUUUAAAAAAAAUGACUAUACAUAUAUUCAUAAAUAUUCUUAACUGAAGCUAUACAAUUUAUUUUAUUAACAUGUUACAAAUAAUAAGAAAGGUUUAUUUGUUUAUAAGAUUUAUUAAAUAUGGGUAAAUAUAUUUCUGUUAAAUUUUCUUUUAUAUUAACUAAUUAAAUUCUAACAUAAAAAGGGGAAAUAAUUUUUAUACAAUAACAGCUCACAUAGUAAUCUUAUACUACACGUACGUUUAUUAAAUAAUAGCUGCAUUAGUAGACCAAUCAAUAGAGAUUUAUUGGCAUAUAAUUGUUAACGGGUAACCGACUAUACUUUGAGUUUUAUUGUUAUUAGUAAAUGAAAACAUAUAUAUUUUCAACCCGCAAUUUUUAUUUGUUAAUUUUUUAAGAGUGUGUGAAAAUUACAAAACGAAGUUUCCGCUUGUAAAACAACUACUGCAUCGAUGUAUAAACUCCAAUGAAAAAAAGUUGUAAAUAAUUGGAAGACCCAUAAAAUGAGCUAUCUCUCGUCUCGAUCAAACGAUAAUUGUUCGAUAAUUCGUUCAAUAAAGGAAAUGAUUUCAAUUAAUUUACUUUUAUAUUUGUCAUUGCUUCAAAAUUGUUCUUUAUUUACAAGAAGUUUUGUUUUUUCACAAAUGCUGUUUACCGACUACUUUUGCAAUUUUCGUCAAAAAUUCUUGACAAAUUUUAUUGUUAUAGUUUCAUUGUCUGAACAGCUAUCAAAAAUUAUGUAACUAUUUGACUGAUAAUGAUUUUUUGCAUAUAAAACGUACUUGUUUAGUACACAGUUUUCUCUAUUUCUUCAUUCGUAUUAACACUAUUGAAAUUAUUAUACGGUUUUCUUAGUUUUUCGAGUAUUACUUUUAUUAAAAAAUACCAAUGCACAAUGGACGAGAUAAUUCAUAUUCAUCACUAUCGGAUUCAAAUCAUCGUAAAUUUUUAUAACUGAAAUAAAAUAUAUUCUUUGAUGUAUCUUCAUUUUAGACGAUUAUUUGUAACGUCAUUUAAAAUACUUGUAGGUAAAAGUGAUACAAAUCAAUUGUUAUUUGAGGACAAAUUCAUGAUUGAAACUUUAAUAUUGAUAACUGCAAAAUUUAAUUAUAUAUUUAAUUUGCUAUAAUCUAAUUAUCUUGAAAAUAAAGAAAAAUUAACAAAAUAGCUUUGAUACUCUUGGAGAUAAUUAACAUUAAAAACUAUUUACGCGUGUACUUCUCUUCUCUGAUAUUCCAACCUUCAACCGCUGGCUUUUACACUUGGCUGGAUUUCGCCCAAUGUUUGGCUGCAAUUUUCAGCUAUUUAAGCUCAUUUUUAAGCUUUGGUGUAAGUGCAAAUUUAAUAGGUUUCAAAAAUUCAGUGGCUCUUUAACGGGUAAGCUAAAGGACAUUUUGUAAACUCAUGUAAAAAUCUCAUGUAAAUGUACAAAGAUAAAAAUUUAUAAAAUUUUACUUUUCUGACAAAUUUUUUAUUUUUUUUUUAUUUUUGACAUUAUUUAAAUUAUUAUAAUUCGAUUGUAAAGAGCAAUAACUGAUUUCUAAAAUCUUUCAAUUACCUACAAUUUUUCUUCAUUGAAGUAUAUAAAUCGCUACAGUUGUUUUUAUAUUUUAUUUUAUACAUAAAAGAUUACCAAAGAAAUAUUGCGAGUUGAAAACAUUUACGUUUUCAUCUACUUAAAACGUAACAAUAAACGUCAGAUACAAUCGGUUACCUGCUAACAAUUAUGUGCCAAAAUGCUUACUUUUGCUCUAUUGAUUGGCCUAUAGGGUAAUUAUUAGGGAGUGUCCAGUUUCGCGUGUACACAAGACAUAUGAGCGCAUUAAAUUCCCCUGGAGUAGCAUAUAUAUUGUCGACUCUCGCAUCGUGAACAAAGUUCGUGUAAGCGAAAUUCAUUCCCCUUAAUAUUACUAACGCCAGUGCUGUGUCACCUUUCAUUGCGAUUGAAAAAAAAAUUGCAGAAAACCACGCUACGCUAACGCUGAUAAAACAAGCCAACUUUCCGAGUGUGCGUCAAUUGAAUUUAGUUCUAUGAAGCGUGUGAUAAAUACCAUUAUAAAAUAUGAAUGUAGUGGAACUAUUUAAAGUAUAGAAAAAAAAUAUCUUCUAUACGUAAUUUUACUUAUUUAGCAAUAAAGCCUAUUUUUGGUACAAACAAGCGUAACCUGCUUGUAGGUUCAAUUUAUGUAUAGCAUAAGACGCUAACCACCUACCCAAUGCAACAGCGUGAUGUGCGAAAUGUAAUUUACAAAAUUAAUUCAAAGAGUUCAUUUUUUAUUGUAGAUACAUAUUCUGCACAAAACAUGCAAAGAUUAUGCUAAAAAAUAAUUGCUAAUGCAAAGUGGAAAACAAUCAUUGGAAUAUAUUUCAUUUUCCAAAAACAUAAUAAAAUAAAAGGUAUUGUGAAAAUAAACAGCGUACAAUAAUGAUUCAAGAAAUAUUAAAAAUUUAAUAUCGUUCUUGCCGGUGAAACUAUCUAUCUCAUUGUGAUCUACGAAUUUAUUAGAAAUACGUUGUAUUAUACAUAUAUGCAGAUUUUUCAUUACAUUGGCAAUCUCGCUGUGGCAAUAUUUUACGAUGUAUGAGACUUAAUGUACAGUAGAGUAUGUUUCUCAUUUUCCGAUGAUACUUGUAUAAAUUGAAAAAAUCUAUUUAAGAAUACAUUUGCGCUUGCAUACACAUAUGCACUGUACCUGAAAAGAGAAAAUGCGAUUUGCCCUAAAUUGUAUGUUGUUUACUCUUUCACGUUAUGGCAUACAUUAUUAUUAAUAUAAGUAAUGUUUUUAGUGCGAUUUUGUCAAAUCAUUGAUGCAUAAGUGUUAUAAAUGCGUGAAAAACAAAUUGGAUAAUAUUUGAAGUUUCAAAAUAUACUCAUGAUCAGAAACAAUAACAUUUGAGUAUCUUGUUAAUUGUUCCAUCUGUUCAUAUAAAAUUGUUAUUUCUAGAAGAAUAACUAAAAAAUCUGUCAUCUUAUAAAUAUAAAGAUAUCGGAAAUAUUAAACUCUACUUUUUAUGACCGGAAUGGAUAGUGUCUAUUGAUAUUAUCAAUAUAAUUCAAGUAAGUAUUAAAUAAAAGAAAUAAUGCAUAUAACAUUAAAAAAUUUGUCAAAGUAUAUAUAAUGAUUCGUAACAAAGAUAAUACAUUGAUUUGCAGGUAAAAUAAAUGUAACAAAUUUUAUCAGAUUAUAACAAUUUUAUUAUUAUAGUAAAUAAAAUGAAGGUUUACUAACAAAAUUGUUAAGAACGAAAUUAAACAUUUUUUCAUAUACGGCAUGCAGGUUAUGACUACACCGUUAACGUAUAUUACAUUCCAAUAUAAACGAAUAUACACGUAAUUUCGUAUAUCCUCGUAUUAUAUAGUACAUAUUAUAUAAUAUUAUUAGUAAGUAUUUUACGUUGUUUCUUGGUUUAUUGACAUACUGAUGAAAUAAGCUUUGGUGUAGUUUUUUCAACAAGAAAAAGUAGACUGGCAUUUUAUUUUUUUCAAUAAAAAUUUAAUGAUCUAAAUUUGCGUCAAGUUCGUUUUAAAAACUGUUUAAUUUUGUAUUCAAUUUUUUAUCUAACGAUUUGUUGUUCAGUUUUCUACGUUUAAUCCAUUUCCAGAAUAAUGCAGAAGACUUAAUGAUUCAUUAUAUGUGACUUCUUCAGAGUAACAUGUUAUAAUUGAUAAAUUUACAAUAACAAAAUACUUAUGAAACAACGGUCUUUGGAAUGACUGAUCAACGUUAA